GAGCGGGGAGACACAGCCCCGAGCCGCGAGCGAGCGGCGCCUCCUCGCCCGCCAAUCGUGGCACCUGUGCGCCGAGCACUGCGCCCGGGAGGACCCCGGCCGGCCCCGCAUCCUCCCCCGCCACCGCCCCCCGCGGGCGCCCCCUCGGCGCCCCCCGCGACGCCCGGCUCCCCGGGGAUCCUCGGCCCGGCGCGGCAGCGGCCAGGGGGUGCUCCGGAGUUGCCAGCCCGACUCGCCGCUCCUCCGCCCAGGAUUUAUUGUGUGUGGAGCCCGCCUGGGGCGGGGAGGGAACUGCGCCUCCAACGCUGUCGCCGCCGCCACCGCUGCCGCCGCUGCCGCUGCCGCUGCGGUUCCUAGCGCGGCGCGGGGCCGCGGGGGGCCGGGGCUGCCCACGGCCGCUGCCCGCCGUCCACCCAAGGGCACCGGCAUCAUGGUCUAAGGCGGCGACACCUGCCUGGGAUCCCCUCGGCCGCCGCCUCCCACCGCCGCCGCCGCCGCCGCCGCCCGCGAGGACCUCCCGCGCCCACUCCACUGCGGACCCCAAUUCACUUUCCGGAAUACCCCGCGGCCGCCGCGCGAGCCUCGCUCUCCCGAACCUCAUGGGCAGCGUCUCCCGCCGGCGAUAAUGGAGAACCUAAUAAGGGGAAGGAAUCCCCCACAAUAUCAGAGAAGUCCUUAUAAGGAAGUCCGUGCAACACUUCGGAAGAGACCUGAAGAAGAGUGAGCCCGCUACAUGAAAAAAAUGCAAGUCAAAGUGGUCACAACCUAGAAGUCUGCAGAGACAGGAAUAACUAGCAAUGCAGUGCCUGGAGAUGACCACCAAACGGAAGCUCAUCGGCCGUCUGGUGCCAUGCCGAUGUUUCCGAGGUGAAGAAGAAAUCAUCUCAGUGUUAGAUUACUCCCACUGCAGCCUGCAGCAAGUGCCAAAGGAGGUCUUUAACUUUGAGCGAACAUUAGAGGAGCUUUAUCUAGAUGCCAAUCAAAUUGAAGAGCUACCCAAGCAAUUGUUCAACUGUCAAGCUCUACGAAAACUAAGUAUUCCGGAUAAUGAUCUCUCAAAUCUGCCAACCACGAUCGCUAGCUUAGUUAAUCUUAAAGAACUGGACAUCAGUAAAAAUGGUGUACAAGAAUUUCCAGAAAACAUAAAGUGCUGUAAGUGUUUAACAAUUAUUGAAGCCAGUGUCAAUCCAAUUUCUAAACUCCCCGAUGGCUUCACACAACUUCUAAACCUGACCCAGCUCUACCUGAAUGACGCCUUUCUUGAAUUUCUUCCAGCCAAUUUUGGAAGACUUGUCAAAUUACGUAUCUUGGAGCUGAGAGAAAACCACUUGAAAACUCUACCAAAGUCAAUGCACAAACUGGCCCAGUUGGAAAGACUUGACCUCGGCAAUAAUGAAUUCAGUGAGCUGCCUGAAGUUCUGGAUCAAAUACAAAAUUUGAGGGAGUUGUGGAUGGACAAUAAUGCAUUGCAAGUGUUACCUGGGUCUAUAGGGAAGUUAAAGAUGCUGGUAUACCUGGAUAUGUCGAAAAACAGGAUAGAAACGGUUGACAUGGACAUUUCCGGAUGUGAAGGCCUAGAGGACCUCUUACUGUCAUCCAAUAUGUUGCAACAGUUGCCUGACUCUAUAGGGCUGUUGAAAAAACUAACCACUCUAAAGGUAGAUGACAAUCAACUUACGAUGCUGCCCAACACAAUCGGAAAUUUAUCUUUGUUAGAAGAAUUCGACUGUAGCUGUAAUGAACUGGAAUCACUGCCUUCUACUAUUGGCUAUCUUCAUAGUCUCCGGACAUUAGCAGUUGACGAGAAUUUUCUUCCAGAAUUACCCAGAGAAAUUGGAAGCUGUAAGAAUGUAACAGUUAUGUCUCUGCGCUCCAAUAAAUUGGAAUUUCUUCCUGAAGAGAUUGGACAGAUGCAGAAACUAAGAGUAUUAAAUCUGAGUGACAACAGAUUAAAGAACUUACCAUUCUCAUUUACCAAACUUAAGGAGCUUGCAGCUUUGUGGCUUUCUGAUAAUCAGUCAAAAGCCCUAAUCCCUUUACAAACAGAGGCCCAUCCAGAAACAAAGCAAAGAGUACUGACUAACUACAUGUUUCCACAGCAACCUCGUGGUGAUGAAGAUUUCCAGUCAGACAGUGACAGCUUUAACCCUACCCUGUGGGAAGAACAGCGACAACAACGUAUGACAGUUGCCUUUGAAUUUGAAGACAAAAAAGAAGACGACGAAAGUGCUGGGAAAGUUAAGGAUCUCUCCUGCCAAGCCCCCUGGGAAAGGGGCCAGCGUGGGAUUACUCUCCAACCCGCCAGGCUGUCUGGCGACUGCUGCACACCAUGGGCCAGGUGUGAUCAGCAGAUCCAAGAUAUGCCCGUUCCCCAGAAUGACCCCCAGCUGGCAUGGGGUUGUAUAAGUGGCCUCCAGCAGGACAGGAGCUUGUGUCCUCCAAUGCCAGUUGCAGCACAGGCCACCACUCUACCCUCUCUAAGUGGCAGACAGGUUGAAAUAAACCUAAAACGAUAUCCAACUCCUUACCCAGAGGAUUUAAAGAAUAUGGUAAAAUCUGUUCAAAAUCUGGUGGGUAAGCCAAGCCAUGGAGUGCGUGUUGAGAAUUCAAAUCCAACUGCUAACACGGAGCAAACUGUGAAAGAAAAAUAUGAACACAAGUGGCCUGUAGCCCCCAAGGAGAUUACAGUGGAGGAUUCUUUUGUUCAUCCAGCUAAUGAAAUGAGGAUUGGGGAACUUCACCCUUCAUUAGCUGAGACCCCUCUGUACCCACCCAAACUUGUUCUGCUAGGGAAGGACAAAAAAGAAUCAACUGAUGAGUCUGAAGUUGACAAAACUCACUGUCUGAAUAACAGUGUUUCCUCAGGCACUUACUCAGACUACUCGCCCUCCCAGGCUUCCUCAGGAUCCUCUAACACCCGGGUUAAAGUGGGGUCCUUGCAGACAACAACUAAAGAUGCAGUCCAUAAUUCUUUGUGGGGUAACAGGAUUGCACCACCUUUCCCACAGCCUCUUGAUUCAAAGCCAUUACUCAGUCAACGGGAGGCUGUUCCCCCAGGGAACCUACCACAGCGUCCUGAGCGGCUGCCCAUGACUGAGGCCUUCACUGAUAACUGGACUGAUGGCUCCCAUUAUGAUAACACUGGGUUCGUCUCUGAGGAAGCUGCCGGCGGUGAUGCCAACAGUAACCCUCUCCUGAGCUCCAAAUCCAGAAGCACAUCUUCUUCUCAUGGACGCAGACCUCUGAUCAGGCAAGAGAGGAUUGUCGGCGUCCCACUGGAACUGGAGCAGUCGACACACAGACACACCCCAGAAACAGAAGUGCCUCCUUCCAAUCCUUGGCAGAACUGGACCAGGACCCCUAGUCCUUUCGAAGACAGGACCGCUUUCCCUUCCAAAUUAGAGAUUACUCCCACCACCAGCCCGUUGCCUGAAAGAAAAGAGCAUCUGAAAGAGUCUACCGAGAUACCCAGUCCUUUCUCCCCAGGAGUCCCCUGGGAGUAUCACGAUUCCAACCCCAACAGGACUCUUGGUAAUGUCUUUUCCCAAAUGCACUGCCGCCCGGAAUCCUCCAAAGGGGUCAUUUCCAUUAGCAAAAGCACAGAGAGGCUCUCCCCGCUCAUGAAGGAUAUCAAGUCCAGUAAGUUUAAAAAGUCCCAGAGCAUCGAUGAGAUCGACAUCGGGACCUACAAGGUCUAUAAUAUCCCACUGGAGAACUACGUGGCUGGGAGUGACCACUUAGGCAGCCACGAGCGUGCCGAGAAGAUGCUGGGGCCGGAGCACCACGGGAUGUCCAGCAUGUCUCGAAGCCAGUCGGUCCCCAUGCUGGACGACGAGCUCCUCACUUAUGGGACCAGCAAAGGGCCACCGCCCCCCAAGUCCAUGACCAAAAAAGUCUACCAGUUUGACCAAAGCUUCAACCCCCAAGGAGCCGUGGAAGUGAAAGCCGACAAGAGGAUCCCUCCCACCUUCCAACACAACUCUGAGUAUGGGCCACAGGCCGGCAAGAACCUGGCCAAGGACCUGGUCAGCCCCAGGGCCUACCGGGGCUACCCGCCCGUGGAGCAGGUGUUCUCCUUCUCACAGCCUUCUGUCAACGAAGAGGCACUGGUCAACGCCCAGCUGGCCGGCCAGGGGCCAAGGGGAGGCUUCCUGAGAAGGGCCGACUCGCUGGCCAGCUCCACGGAGAUGGCCAUGUACCGCAGGGUCAGCGAGGCCCACGAGCUGCCUCCGACCGACCGCUACGGCCGCCCAGCCUACCGGGCCGGCCUGGAUCGUCAGAGCAGCGUUUCAGUGACUGAGUCCCAGUUCCUCAAGAGGAAUGGCAGGUAUGAAGACGAACACCCUUCAUAUCAAGAAGUGAAAGCUCAGGCGGGAAGUUUUCCAGUUAAAAACCUAACCCAGAGGAGGCCUCUGUCGGCCCGAAGCUACAGCACAGAGAGUUACGGGGCCUCCCAGACCAGGCCAGUUUCAGCUAGGCCGACUAUGGCAGCUCUUUUGGAAAAAAUACCAUCUGACUAUAACCUGGGUAACUAUGGGGACAAGCCAUCAGAUAACAGUGAUAUAAAGACAAGGCCCACUCCUGUGAAGGGGGAGGAGAGCUGUGGGAAAAUGCCUGCAGACUGGAGACAACAGCUGCUUAGACAUAUAGAAGCUAGAAGGUUAGACAGGAAUGCUGCUUACAAACACAACACAGUUAACCUUGGCAUGCUGCCCUAUGGAGGUAUUUCAGCAAUGCAUGCAGGCAGAAGCAUGACAUUAAACUUGCAGACUAAGUCUAAAUUUGAUCUACAAGAACUACCUCUUCAGAAAACCCCGUCCCAGCAAAGCAACAUUUUAGACAAUGGACAAGAAGAUGUAUCUCCUAGCGGCCAAUGGAAUCCUUAUCCUCUUGGGAGACGGGACGUACCUCCAGACACCAUUACUAAAAAGGCAGGCAGCCACAUCCAGACCCUGAUGGGCUCCCAGAGCCUGCAGCACCGCAGCCGGGAGCAGCAGCCCUACGAGGGCAACCUCAACAAAGUGACCAUCCAGCAGUUCCAGUCACCGUUGCCUAUUCAGAUCCCCUCCUCGCAGGCCAACCGGGGACCUCAGCCUGGACGGUGCUUAAUUCAGACGAAAGGGCAGAGGAGCAUGGAUGGCUACCCAGAGCAGUUUUGUGUGAGAAUAGAAAAGAAUCCUGGCCUUGGAUUUAGCAUCAGUGGUGGAAUUAGUGGCCAAGGAAAUCCAUUUAAACCUUCUGACAAGGGUAUCUUUGUUACUAGGGUUCAGCCUGAUGGACCAGCAUCUAACCUGCUGCAGCCUGGUGAUAAGAUCCUCCAGGCAAAUGGACAUAGUUUUGUACAUAUGGAACAUGAAAAAGCUGUAUUACUACUGAAGAGUUUCCAGAACACAGUAGACCUAGUUAUUCAACGUGAGCUUACUGUUUAAAUAUUUUUUAUAAAUAGUGAAGAUACGUCUAGCCAGACCUAAUGUUCAAAAAUAAAUUUAUACAUAGAAACAAAUUUUGCCAAUUGCUGGACCAAUGGCAAACAUUAGUGCCAAAUGUAUAAUACUAUAUGUUAGCACUGGUCAUCCUUAAAAAUGUUAACUAUAUAAAUAUGAUGUUCAUGUGGUUACGUAUUAGUUUAAUUGUCAGCCUCCGGCUGCGCAUCGGUGCAGUUUGUUUUUGUUAUUGUUUUUGUUUUUAAUCAAAUAAGUUUCUUCUCAAAGUGGAUUUCCUAUAAUUUCCAAGCACGGAAGCACACACAACAAGCUCUUUAUGAAUUCUGCUCUCCAUCGGAAACACUGCCUCAAAGUUGUCUAUGCCUUUAUAUAGAACAUACGAAUAUAAAGAGUUGUAAUUCCCAUUAAAUAUUUCUAGCACAAGGUA